AAUGUCAAUAGAUCUAAUGGCGUCUUGUAAACCUGGUUCUACACGAUCGCCCCCUAUGUUGAAUAACCUACAGGUCGAAGAACAGAAUACUAUGCAUCAGAUUUGGGGAGAAUAGUACAGACAGUUUUGGGAAAGUAGCAUCACUCACGAUGUGGGUUGGCAAGGAUGUCGUACUGCUGCUGCUGAUGUUGAUGAUGUCGAGAGCAACAGAAGGUACGACUGACUGCUACACUGUUCAAGACGGCACCGCUGUCUACAGCGGGACAACUGCAGUCGACCAGUACGGUCGAGGGUGUCAGAAGUGGAUAGACCAGUCCCCAAUCCCACAUUCGUACACCUCUACCAGCUUCGACGUCACUAAUGGAGUAGCCGGGCCCGGCAUCAACGUCGCCAACAACUACUGUCGAGAUCCGUCAGGUGGAGCGGCACAGCCCGCCGGAUUUUUAUGGUGCUACAUCGCCGACGGCAGCGGUGUCUGGGAAAGAUGCAGCGUCCCCCUGUGCCCCCCUGUAACACCUCCCCCCAUCCCGGGGGCUCCAGAUCCACCCGAAUGCUUCACGUUGCAGGGAAGCACAGCUGUCUACAGCGGCACAACGGCCGUCACCCUCAGCGGGAAGCCCUGUCAGACAUGGCAAAGCACAUACCCUAUCCCCCAUAACUACGUCGCCAGCAACUUUGACGUCACCAACGGUGCGGCUGGCAUGGGGUACGGAGGAGCCAGCAACUACUGCCGCGACCCCUCGGCAAGUAGCGCUGUUGCUGCUGGUUUCUUGUGGUGUUAUGUCGCCGAUGGAAGCGCGAUUUGGGAAAUGUGUGACAUUCUGAACUGUGCACUGACAACAACCACUACACCAACGACAACCACUACACCCACAACAACCACUACACCUACGACAACCACUACACCGACUACCACUACACCUACGACAGCCACUACACCCACGAUUACCAUCACACCUACGACAGCCACUACACCAUUGACAACCACUACACCUACGACACCCACGAUACCUACUACAGCCACUACACCCACGACUACCACUACACCUACGACAGCCACUACACCCACGAUUACCAUCACACCUACGACAGCCACUACAACAACUACAACCACUAUACCUACGACAGCCACGACACCCACGACACCUACUACAGCCCCUACACCCACGGCUACGACUGCACCUACGACAGCCACUAAACCCACGACCACCACUACACCUACGACAGCCACUUCACCCACGACUACCACUCUCACGACAACAAUCACAACUACAUCAACAACUACUGCUGCAUCGACGACCACAACCACGCCUACGACAACAACAACUACUACUACGACGACGACUACGACUACAACAACAAUAGUCCCCUGCUUCACACUACAAGGAACCACGGCCGUCUACAGUGGGACAGUGUCCAUAACCUCAUCUGGAAAAACAUGUCAGUCGUGGCAGGCCACGUCUCCAAACAACCACGCCUUUUUUUCAAGCUACUUCGACAUCACCAACGGCGUCUCGGGCUCCGGCCACGUGGGGGCCAGCAACUACUGCCGCGACCCGUCAGGGGGGAGCAUCCUCCCGUCGGGCUAUGUGUGGUGCUAUCUUGCUGACAGCAGUGGUUGGGAACAAUGCAGUAUAAACGAGUGUACCACGACGACAACAACGACUGCAACACCAACAGGGACAACCAUCACUACCACUACCACAACACCCCCAGUAACACAAGCCGCCUGUUUCACCAAACAAGGAACAACGGCCGUCUACAGUGGGACAGUGUCUAAAACCUCAUCUGGAAAAACAUGUCAGUCGUGGCAGUCCACGUCGCCAAACAACCACGCCUACUACAACAGCUACUUCGACAUCACCAACGGCAUCUCAGGCACCGGCUACAGUGGUGCCGGCAACUACUGCCGCGACCCUUCAGGGGGGAGCAUUCUUCCUUUUGGCUAUCUGUGGUGUUAUCUUGCCGAUUACUCAGGAUGGGAGACAUGCGCUAUUCCUCAAUGCGGACAACACUACCAACAGACUGGGACAGCGUUGUCUGUCAAGAUGGUUACAGUAGAUGAUGUCGUACUGUUGGUGAUGAUGAUGUUAACGUCGACAAAAGUGACAGGUGCGAUGGACUGCUACACCUUCAGUGACGGUUCCGCCGUCUACAGCGGCACCGUGGCCGUUACCCAGAGCAACAAACCAUGCCAGGCUUGGUCGAGCCAAACACCCAUUGCCCACGGCUACUACUCCAGCCAGUUCGACGUCACCAAUGGGGCCGCGGGGCCGGGCUAUGGCGGAGCCCAGAACUACUGCCGGGAUCCUUCAGGAGGGGGUAUCAGGGCUGCUGGAUAUGUGUGGUGCUUCAUCAGCGACGGCAGCGGAAUAUGGGAGAGAUGCAACAUCCAAUUCUGCUUACCUACUACACCAGCACCCGUCCCCGGAGCAACGCCGUCUCCCGAAUGUUAUAUAAUACAGGCGGGCACUGCCGUCUACAGCGGUUCAACGUCGACGACCAUCAGUGGAAAACCAUGUCAAUUUUGGCAGAGCCAGUCUCCAAUCCCUCAUGGUUACCAGUCUAGCUACUUUGACGUUACCAACGGCAGCCCUGGUUCUGGAUAUGGCGGCGCCGUCAACUACUGUCGAGAUCCUUCGGGAGGGUUUAUUGGUGCUGUUGGGUAUGUGUGGUGCUUCAUCAGCGAUGGCACUGGAAUAUGGGAAGUUUGCAACAUUCAGAACUGUGCUUUAACGACUACAACGACACCUACGACCACUACGACGACGACUACCACCACGACGACCCCCACGACAACCCCCACGACGACCCCAACGACGACCCCAACUACGACCCCAACUACGACUCCCACCACAACCGAAACCACAACCGAAACAACCACAGACUCAACGACAGACUCAACCACGGACUCAACCACGGACUCAACCACGGACUCAACCACAGACUCAACCACAGACUCAACAACAGAUUCAACCACGGACUCAACCACAGACUCAACAACAGACUCAACCACAGAUUCAACCACAGACUCAACCACUGACUCAACCACAGACUCAACCACAGACUCAACCACAGACUCAACCACAGACUCAACCACUGACUCAACCACAGACUCGACCACAGACUCGACCACAGACUCAACCACAGAUUCAACCACAGACACAACCACUGACUCAACCACAGACUCAACCACAGAAACAACCACAGACUCAACUACAGACUCAACAACAGAAACGACCACAGACUCAACAACGGACUCAACCACGGACUCAACCACUGACUCAACUACAGAUUCAACCACAGAUUCAACCACAGAUUCAACCACAGACUCAACCACAGACUCAACCACAGACUCAACAACAGAAACGACCACCGACUCAACCACAGAAACAACCACAGACUCAACCACAGACUCAACCACAGACUCAACCACAGAUUCAACCACAGACUCAACCACGGACUCAACCACAGACUCAACCACAGACUCAACCACGGACUCAACCACGGACUCAACCACAGACUCAACAACAGACUCAACAACAGAAUCAACCACAGAUUCAACCACAGACUCAACCACAGACUCAACAACAGACUCAACCACAGACUCAACAACAGACUCAACCACAGACUCAACAACAGAAUCAACCACAGACUCAACAACAGACUCAACCACAGACUCAACAACAGACUCAACCACAGACUCAACAACAGACUCAACCACGGACUCAACCACGGACUCAACCACAGACUCAACCACAGACUCAACAACGGACUCAACCACAGACUCAACAACGGACUCAACCACAGACUCAACAACAGACUCAACAACAGACUCAGCAACAGACUCAACCACAGAUUCAACCACAGACUCAACGACGGACUCAACCACAGGCUCAACCACAGACUCAACCACAGACUCAACGACUGCUGAAGCAACAACAACAGAUUCAUCAACCACAACAGGUGCUCCCGAGUGUUUCAACCUGGUCGCGGGCACAGCCGUCUACAGCGGCAAGACGUCCACAACCCUCAGUGGAAGUGCCUGUCAGCUGUGGCAAAACCAGUUUCCUACCUAUCAUGAAUACAACGUCGCUGCUUAUUUCGACGUUACCAACGGCCCUGCCGGUCCUGGCUUUGCUGGGGCUAUGGACUACUGCCGCGAUCCGUCAGGGGGGACGUUUACCCCAAGGGGGGUACCAUGGUGUUUUCGUGGCGACGGUAUGGGAGUAUUUGAAAACUGCGAUAUUCCUGACUGCGCCCUCACUACGACAACGACUACAACGACAACAGUUGCCCCCGAGUGCUUCACACUGCAGACAGGCACGGCAGUCUACGGGGGUAAAACGUCCACCACCACUAGCGGAAAGCCAUGCCAGGCGUGGCAAGUUACGACUCCAGUCUUCCACAUAUACACAGACCCUAACUACUUCACUAUAACUAACGGGGCGGCUGGCCCAGGCUUCGCAGGAGCUAUGGACUAUUGUCGAGAUCCUUCAGGGGGAGCUGUCACCCCCAUGGGACAAUUGUGGUGUUUCAUUUCCGAUGGCAGCUUUGUGUGGGAAACCUGCAAUAUUCCAAACUGUGACGUAACGACUGCAUCGACGGAAGCAACGACGACUGAGCCAACGACUACUGAGCCAACGACGACUGAGCCAACCACGACAGAGCCAACGACUACUGAGCCAACGACGACUGAGCCAACAACGACGGAGCCAACCACGACGGAGCCAACCACGACGGAGCCAACCACGACAGAGCCAACCACGACAGAGCCAACAACAGCCGAAACAACAACUGACACAACAACUCAAACGACAACCAUUGCACCGACGACAACCACUGAACCAACAACUACAACAACCUCAACGACAACUACUACAAUGACUACAACCACCACAUCUACUACAACUACCACAACGACAACGACCACCACCACCACUCCAACAACUACCACAACGCCAACAACAACGACUACGACAACAACUACAACGACCACCACUACUACAACAGCAGCCCCCUGCUUCACCUUGCAAGGAACCACGGCCGUCUUCAGUGGGACAGUGUACAAAACCUCAAGCGGAAAAACAUGUCAGUCGUGGCAGUCCAAGUCACCAAACAACCACGCCUUUUUGUCAAGCUACUUUGACAUCACCAACGGCGUCUCAGGCUCCGGCUACGUCGGGGCCAGCAACUACUGCCGCGACCCUUCAGGGGGGAGCAUUCUCCCGUCGGGCUAUGUGUGGUGCUAUCUUGCUAAUUUCCCGGGAUGGGAACAAUGCGCUAUUCAGAAAUGUUCAACGACAACCACAACGACUACAACGACCGCUGCACCAACAGGAACAACAACUACCACUUCCACUACCACACCAACAACAACACAAGCCGCCUGUUUUACCAAACAAGGAACAACGGCCGUCUAUAGUGGGACAGUGUCCACAACCGCAUCUGGAAAACAAUGUCAGUCGUGGCAGACCAAGUCACCAAACAACCACGCCUACGUCGCCAGCUACUUCGACAUCACCAACGGCAUCUCAGGCGGCGGCUACGGUGGCGCCAACAACUACUGCCGCGACCCUUCAGGGGGGAGCAUUCUUCCUUUUGGCUAUCUGUGGUGUUAUCUUGCCGAUUACUCAGGAUGGGAGACAUGCGCUAUUCCUCAAUGCUUUAGAAGAGAACUGGCUGUGUCUUUCACAAUGCGGGUUGCAGAAGAUGGCGUUCUGCUGCUGAUGUUGCUGAUGCUGAUGAUGACGUCGAAAGUACAAGGUGACACGACUUGCUACACACUGCAAGGAUUAACGGCCGUCUACAGCGGAACACAGUCAUACACCGCAACAGGCCGACCGUGUCAAGCGUGGCAAAGUACUUCACCAAACGCCCACUCGUAUUUUGCUUCCUACUUCUCCGUAACCAACGGUAACAACCUUUUCGGCUACGCAGGCGCUUCCAACUACUGCCGCGACCCUUCAGGGGGUUCUAUCCUUGCGGUAGGGUAUCUUUGGUGUUACUUCGCCGACGGCGCUGGUUGGGGAUCAUGCAAUGUUCCAAAGUGCGGAACACCAGCAGUUUCAGAGGCUCCUGAAUGCUUCACCCUUCAAGGGGGCCAGGCUGUGUACAGUGGAAGCACCGCCGUGACAUUAGGCAACAGACCCUGUCAGACAUGGAGCACGUCGUCCCCCAAUGGCCACGCUUAUUACUCUUACUACUUCGACGUUACCAACGGAGACGCCGCCGCAGGCUAUGGCGGGGCCAACAACUACUGCCGUGACCCGGCCGCCGGGAGUGUCAGGGCCGCUGGGUACCUCUGGUGCUUCUAUAACGACGGACCUGGCUGGGGGAGAUGCGAUAUUCUUAACUGUGCCUUAACAACCACGACAACUACUACGACAACAACUACAACAACACCUACUACUACGACAACACCAACUACUACUACAACACCAACUACUACUACAACACCAACAACUACCACAACACCAACUACUACUACAACACCAACUACGACAAAGUACUACCACAGAAGAAACUACGACUACAACAUCAACCACUACCACAACACCAACUUCGACUUCAACAGAAAGUACUACCACAGAAGAAACUACGACUACAACAUCAACCACUACUACAACGCCAACUACGCCUACAACUACAACUACCACCACAACAUCCACCACGACCUCAACGCCAACUACCACUACAACACAACCACUACAACGACAACAACUACUACAACGACAACACCUACUACAACUAAAGAUUUAGGCUGCUACUACGUUCAAAGCGGCACGGCAGUCUACAGCGGCACGGCGGAUGUGUCGGUGACUGGCCAAACCUGUCAACAAUGGUCAUCCCAGACCCCAAACCAACACUCCUACUACUCAAGUUACUUCGACACAACCAACGGGGCCUCUGGGUCUGGCUACAGCGCUGCCAGCAACUACUGCCGCGACCCGUCAGGUGGACCUGUGUCUCCUGCUGGGUUUCUGUGGUGUUUUGUCCCAAAUGGGAUUUGGGAGAAAUGUACCCCUGUUCCUCUGUGUACAGGUGGUCCUGGAACAGGCGGUACCGGCACAGGCGGUACUGGUACUGGUACAGGCGGUACCACCACAGGAGCUAUAGCUGCAGGAGAUUUCGGUUGUUACAACGUUCAAGGGGGCACAGCUGUCUACAGUGGAACGGCAAGUGUGUCCGAGACUGGUAAAACCUGUCAACAAUGGUCAUCCCAGACCCCAAACCAACACUCCUACUACUCAAGUUACUUCGACACAACCAACGGGGCCUCAGGAUCUGGCUACAAUGCUGCCAAGAACUACUGCCGCGAUCCUUCAGGUGGACCUGUCUCUCCUUCUGGGACUCUAUGGUGUUUUGUGAUAACUGGAGGCUUCGAGAAUUGUAAUGUUCCUCUGUGCUCCAGCCUUGGUGGACCUGGCACGACACAAACACCCGAUUGCUACACCCUUCAAGGAGGUACGGCCGUCUACACAGGUAAGACAUCGGUCACUUUGGCUGGAAACACGUGUCAAGCAUGGGGCAUGACGUCCCCAAACAACCAUGCCUACCAACCCAUCCACUUCGACAUCACCAACGGUGACCCUGGCUCUGGGUACGCUGGCGCCAGCAACUACUGCCGCGACCCUUCAGGGGGGAGCGUUCUCCCGGCCGGGUUUGUGUGGUGCUACAACUCGGCUGGAUCCGGAUGGGAGAAAUGUGGCGUUAAUCAGUGUUGAUCUGCCUCCGUGUAAUUUAGCCGUUCUUUGCCUUGUAAAUAUGACCAUAUAUGAAUGUAUUAAAGAUAUUUUGUUUAAA